GAGCAUUUUCAUAUUCUUAUCUUUUGCGCUCUCGAGUCCGAGUUGCAGGCGGCGUGUAGAGUUCUGGAGAACGGAACGAAUAGUAGUUUUCAACACGCACACAUGUGUGCUAUUAGUGGACUACUAGUAUGUCGGGGUUGGAAUGGUACAGUUCUAACCAUCGCCAUGAUUUCACAGACGGAGCCUGGUGAGACAACGUGCUGCGGACGGCUAACAGAGCUGCAGAGGUAUUUCAGUGUCGACCUCGCGGUCAUGACCGGCAGCUGCGCGGGUGUUCAGGAUGUGGAGGUGGGGAUAGAGUACGGGUGUGUUGUUGUAGCAGAACGCACGGUGAUGGAGGAAGGAAUAGAAACCCCGGAUGGAGAAUUUCUUGCUCAUGGAAAUCCGGCAAAACUAGAUGAAAAUCUUAGUGUACUCAUUAAAUCCUCAUUAGGGAAAUUGGAUGGCAGUAGGGACUGGCUGAAUGUUAUACCUCAUGAGGCACGGUUUCCUAGUCCUCGAUAUGCACAAGAAAUCGUCAUUAGUGAAGUUUUUAAGAGAGAAACUGGAUUAAAAAAGAAGGACUUAUUUGCAAUACUUGAAGGUAAAGAAGAUGUGGAGAAUAUUAGUUGCAGAACUUGGGAUACCAUUUUGACACAAGCGGCAGACGUAGCAGGAUUGGUGAGUAUCUCACAUGGAAUAGUCAGCUGCACGGAGGAGGCGAGGGCAUACGAAAGAGAUGCAUACGAAUUUCCUCGGCGAGACGAAAUCAAAGUUGUCGUGGACUCGAUCGGUAGCGUCAGAACCCUAACAAAGCCACUGCCCAACACGAUAGCAACAUAUCGGAAACGGAUGGCAAACUGGAGAAUAAGAGGAAUCGACGUGGAGGCACAUCAGUUCAUGACUCACAGCAAGGCCGCCUUUCCCGAUUGCCUACCUCUGGUCAUGAAAGGAAUCUCCGACUACGGAGAUAGGCUACAACACGACUAUUACCAGGAGUAUGCAGCAUCGACUCCGAUCGCAUUUCUUCGACAUCUACUCACACGGCAACCUUUUCUUGAAUUUCUAUCUAGAAGGUUUCAUUGGGAGCAGAAUAGAACAAGAGACCAAGAUGAACAACUGAGUCAAGCUAGUCGUCUCUCGAGAUCUCAAAGUGACUCACCACUACUUGCAUUUGGUGAUUCACAAGUGGCUGGUGGUGAUAUUGAUGCUAGAGAUGAAUGUCUUCCUGAAGAAAGCCUGUUUUAUCCUCUGUUGAUGGAACAACUAUCUGAUAUUAGAACAGCUGAGCAACAGUUUGUAAGCACCGUCGCUGGGCAGUAUCGGGAGGAAGCUGUUCGAGAACACGUCGACAACAUGGCGAGACGUAGUAGGAACAAUGUAAAUGGACAGACCCAACUUGGCGAGAAAGGAAUUUUGGAAAGUUUGGAAAGAGAUGAUGCUUAACGUUUGUAAUGGUUUGAAUGGAUUUGUUGGUAUUUUUAAUAGAUUUAUGUACCGGUACUCUGUUUUUUAAAUACAUUUUUUGCUUACUUGUAUGGAGUUUGUGUAUGAAU